CGUAUGCGCGAACCUCUCGAGUGGGAGGAAAUCGGCUGGCUACCGGAACAGAAACCCGGCUAGGCAAUGACCGUGUGGCCAUUUCGGGUUCGAUCUUCACGCGAUGCUUCCCAGAUGCUGUCUGGACUCAGAGGGAAUCUGGAAUCUUCCAUCGGGGGGUUCUGGGCGUCGGUGACUAGAAGUCCCCGCGAACUCCCCCGGGCGUGCGGUGUGCAGAGGCGCUGAGAAGGGACUUUCCAGUGUCUGCCGAUCCCCGGUCAUGCCACAUCCAGGCUGCAGUACCCACGUGGUGCCCCAUCUGGCCUCUGCCCAGCAGCUCUGCUUGGAACCUCUAGUCGCCCACCCAGCUUCCGGCUCCUGAGGAAAUCAGAUCUGCCAGCAAGAGAGACCAAGAGUAGAAAGCAGAGAAGAUAUGCCUGCUGACCCAAGACUGUCCCAGAGGCCCCAGAGACCGGGAGCUGGGCAGCAGCAUGGGUCCCGUGAGGAGAAGGCGCCGACAGACCAAAGGAGUUCUUCCCUGCAAACAGAGCCUGAUGAGCAACUCGGUGAGCUUAGGUCCAUUGUUACAGAGGUUGGUGUCGUUUGAGGACGUGACUGUGGACUUCACCCAGGAAGAGUGGCAGCACCUGGAUCCUGCCCAGAGACGCCUGUACCAGGACGUGAUGCUGGAGAUCUACAGCCACCUCUUGUCAGUGGGGUAUCCCAUUCCCAGUCUGAAGCUCAUCUUCAGGAUGAAGAGAGGAAAGGAGGCACGUAUAGGGGAGGCUGAGCUCCUGUGUCAGCGAUGGCCCCGGGACUCUGGACUUGACACCCCACAACAAGAAGUUUCUGAGGGAGCUUCAGUUCGAAGCGGUAUAGGAAGUGAAGUCACAAGAAGUGAUCCGUGGUUUUCCGAAGUUUUACAGGAACUGUGUCAAGGCACUGACUGUACGAAGAGAGAUCAGCAAAACCAGGUCCCACCCUUGAGUCCUGGUACUUUCUUCAGUAACAUGGUACUGAGUGCAGACAGUGACCAUGAAUGUAAAAAGUCUGGGAAAACCAUCCCUUUGGUAUGCAGCCUCAUUUCUACACAAGACGGACCUCCGAAAUGUUUAUUUGCAAAAGUUUUGAACCCUAACCUAGAAGCAAAUGGUCAGAAUCAACACAGUGUCCCUAAAGGGCUUAAUGACACUAUUGCAUCUGAUGAGCUCUUCACACAAGGCUCCUGUGAUGCUACAUCUAAGGUUAUUCAUAGAGAGAAGGCGUACAAAGGUAAUCAGGUGGUAAAAGUUAACCAUAAAGAACCAUUUGUGCAGUAUGAAAGUCAGUCUCAGGAGAAACCACUCGAAUGUGGGAAAGUCUUCAGUGACUGGUCAGCUUUUUGUAAACAUCAGAUAGCACACACUACACCUUUCGACUGUCAUGAAUGUGGAAUAGCCUUCCUCCAGAAAUCGGAGCUGACGUCCCAUCAGAGGCCUCACAUAAGAGAGAAGAAGCCGCAUGAGUGUCCUGAGUGUGGGAAGUGCUUCACUCGGAUCUCCCACCUGCAGUUGCAUAAUCGAAUUCACACGGGUGAGAAGCCUCAUGCGUGUCCUGACUGUGGGAGAUUAUUCCGCCGCACAUCCCACCUGCAGGUGCAUCAUCGAAUUCACACUGGGGAAAAACCUUAUGAAUGCCGUGACUGUGGGAAAUCAUUUGGUAACAGAACCCAUCUGAAGAUACAUCAUCGGAUUCACACUGGGGAGAGACCUUAUGUGUGUUCUGAAUGCGGGAAGGCCUUCAAUCAGAAGUCAAUCCUCAGCACACACCAGAGAAUUCAUACAGGGCAGAAGCCCUACAAAUGCGGUGACUGUGGGAAAGCCUUCUCUGCCAAGGCCCAACUCCAAGUACACGAGAGAAUCCACACAGGAGAAAAACCCUAUGUAUGCACAGAGUGUGGGAAGGCCUUCAGUGCCAGGUCAGGUUUCCAUACGCAUAAGAUGACACAUACCAGGGAUAGACCUUUCAUCUGUCAAAAAUGUGGGAAAUCCUUCCUCCAGAAGUCCGAGUUGGCCUCCCAUCGUCAAACUCACAUUGGAGAGAAGCCUUAUGAAUGCCAGGACUGUGGAAAAUCAUUCAGUAAGACAUCCCACCUGAAGGUGCAUCAUCGAAUUCACACCGGGGAGAGACCUUAUGUGUGUUCCGAAUGCGGGAAGACCUUCUGCUGGAAAUUAUCCCUCAAUCUACACCAAAAGAUUCAUACUGGAGAAAAGCACCAUGUAUGUAACGAGUGUGGAAAAGCUUUUAAUCAGAAGUCAGUACUCAGAAUGCAUCAGAGAAUCCACACUGGUGAGAAGCCUUACAAAUGCAGUGACUGUGGAAAAGCCUUAACCUCUAAGAGUCAGCUCCAAGAUCACCAGCGAGUUCACACGGGCGAGAAGCCGUAUGUGUGCCCUGAAUGUGGGAAAGCUUUCAGUAGCAGGUCAUCGCUGCGUAGACACCAUUUAACACACUAGCGAGAGACCAUUUGUCACAAAUAAGGAAAGAGGGAUCUGGAGGUCAUCCCUGGCAUCCUGCCAGGGAACACGUUGGACAGAAGCCUUAGGAAAGCCACGGCUGUGGAAAACUGUUUCAUGUUGCAUAACGACUGAGGAGAGCUGUUAGCAGUGCGGCAACCGUGGUUCGUCUCAGCAGUGCUUCCAGCUAGAAGUGCAUCAUCAGAUCAAUCACAAGUAGAGACUGCUUUUUCUGAUUUUGGAACGAUCUUCCACCAGAGAUUUCACACUGGAGAAGAGCCUCAAAAUAUAGUGGCUGUAGAAAAUCCUCCAUCAUACAUCAGCAAAUUCACACACAAGAGAACCCCUCGUGUGCCUGAUUGUGGGAAGCCCUUCAACUAGAAGUUGAUAUUCAGCAUGCGCUAGAGAAUUUACAAGGAAGAUAAGCCUUCUCAGUGCCCUGACUGGGAAAUCAUUAAGUGAUGCAUUUUAACUGAACGCAAAUGAUCCGUUUUAUGUUGGGAAGAGACCCUAUGUGUGUUCUGAAUGUGGGAAGGCUUCAACAGAUCAGAUUGCAGUAGACACCAGGCAACUUAUACAAGGGCAGUUCUUAGACCAGUUCUCUGGAACCCAGGGUCAGGUUGGGCAUGUGGAAGGCUCACCCCAGACUUACUGAUGUUGGAUGAAGCAAUGCUUUUGGUAGAUCCUUUUACUGAUGUCCACAGGGCAGAGCUGGCUGGUGUUGGAAUAGACAGCCUCGUUUGGGAUUCCUGCACAAGAGACCUGGACCGAUGAGGGCAGCUCCUCCGUCACCCUUGGCUUGGCUUGUGUUAGCAGGUGCAAAAGAGAUGAAUUCUGGGUUGGGUGAUGGUUUUGGUAAAGGAGUACCCCACAGCUGCACUCGUACCCCCAGAAAUGGCCACGGGAGUGUCUGUGAUGUUCUGGGAAAGGACACAGUCGUUCUUCCCUUUGCAGAUCUCUCACUGCUCCUCACAGCCUCACAGGGUCCAGUCUCUCACACCCAGUCUUCCCUGUUUUGCUUUGCACGUGCUGCAAAAGGUUGGCCAGAGUGAGAGGCUGGCCCGAAGCCAUUCGGUGCCACAUUACCUUUGUGAGGGCAGGUCUCUGGCCUUUUCUAGCCUGGCCUUCUAAAAACUGUCUAAUAACACUAGACACGAGCUGUGCUGCUCCUCCAGGGAGCAACUCAGUAUUUCUAAGCCUCUGUGUUGUGGUCUAUAGAGUGGGGCCUAUGGCUGGAUCAGCCUUGGCUUGUAGUGCUAGGGCACAUAGUGUGCAGGUGGGGCUGUGUCAGCCUCAGCAUCCAGCAUGGACAGGUCCCACUCUGCUGAUGCUUGUUUUGCAUGCUCUUCCCCUACUGUUGAGGAUCAGGUUACCCUUAGUGCCUACUCUACAGUGAUCUUCCUGCAUAACCCAUCCUGUGUGUGGCUGUGUUCACAACCUCUCCAUCACACUAAGAAUUUGAUGAUAGGGCUGGAGAGCUGGCUCAGUGGUUAAGAGCACUGGCUGCUCUUGCAGAGGACCCGGGUUUGGUUCUCAACACCCACAUGGCAGCUAACAACCAUCCAUAACUCCAGUUCUAUGGAUAUGGUGCCCUCUUCUGACCUCUGCAGAAAUUGCACAACAUGGGUACCUUCACACAUGCAGGCAAAACACUCAAAAAUGAAAUAAAAUUUGAGUUUGAUGAGAACAGGGCUUGACUCUUUGGCUCCCUUCAGCGGUGGUACCCUGGGAUCCACUGGAUACCUGGCCCAUACCUCCGUGUUCCAGGGGCAGUGUGCUCACCCAGGGAAGAAGAAGCAGAACCCAAGAAACUCUGACAGCCACUAGAACCAUCUUUGUCAUGGGCUUUGCUUCUGCGGAAUGAUGACCUGGGCUGGACUCACCUGUAAUGGCAGUCUGGGUCCUUCCUGUCACCGCAGGUUUGGGUGUUUGUCUUCCAGACCUUCCUUCAUCCCCAGAUAUGGAGCUAUAUCAGCCUGGGCCUGCCUCACCUCACACCCUAAGUGUCUUGCAAUUGAGCAAAGACGACAUCUUUCUCUUUAUCAAAAUUAAAACUUGUUUAUUAGGGGCUAGAGAGAUGAACAGCGGUUAAGAGCACUGGCUGCUCUCGUAGAGGGUCCAGGUUCAGUUCUCAGCACCCACUUGGCGGCUAACAACCUUCUCUAACUUCAGUUCCAGGGGACUACUGUCCAGUACUCAUAAAGAACUUUACAGCCUGCACUACAAACAAUAAAGCUGUUAGGGGAAUAAAGAGCCCAGGCUGAAAGGAGGUCCUGGAGGUGGACGAGGAAGGUCCAGAAUGUGCGGUUCUGCUGGGUGAAUGUUGCCUUGCCCCUGGGUGACCAAGGGUACCAGUGCAGGAUGCAUAGAGUGGAAUUUGGUAGGAGCAGGUACCAGAGUGGGUCAGGGGGCUGCAAAUGGGGAGGGUUCACUGGUUCCCCAGCAAAUGGUCUCUGUAAGACGAAGAGGGACAUGCCCUUCCCUGAGCUGAAGAGGCCUUGUCCCCCAGUCCAGGGAUGCUCUCUACCUGGCCAGCUCCUCUGGUUGUAGGGGUUCUUUGCAGCAUCUUAGCAAGGAAGAACGUGAGAGUGAGGUAAGGCGGCACCCCCCACCAUCACUCCAGAGAGCACAGAAAGGUUGAGGGACAGGCCCUUCCAUGCCCCCCCCCCAACCUAACCGGGCUCUUAGACACCACCACAAACUCUCAGCCCUGGCCUGGCACUCAAAGGACACAUCUGCCUGGAUUGUUCUCUCCAUAAAUACACUAGCUCCAGGGAAUGCUCCUUGACGGAUGAGGUUGGUGCUGUGUCUUGAGGUCGGGGGUGAGGGCAGAUGACAUCCAGAAGGUGGCAGGCAGACCCUGCUCUCAGGCCCAGGGUACAGAGCUUGCCAGGAUGCUGGACCCCUGAUAGUCUGCCCUCCACCCUUCCCAGGACGGGCCCUAUCCCAGCUGGUUGUGUAGACCCUAGUGACCUCUGGAACCUUGGUUUACCGAUCACAGAUGUGUUCCAUUUGAAACGUCCUUUUUCUCCUGAAGGACCAUUAUUUCCUCUGUAACUGAUGUUCAUAGAGCAAAGGUGGUGGAAUCUGCCCUGGGGCAUUAUGGUUGUGGCUACCUAUAUUUGGAAUCUGUAGCUGGAAACAGGGACAGUUCAGGAAAGAGGCAUGGUAGGAUGAUCUGCAGGAAAGACACUGCAAACCCUCAGUGAUCACUGAUUCUGAUAGCCUCGUGGGAAAGCAUCAAUUCUGUGCCAGGAGUUGUGUGGGAAGAAGAAAGGUCAGCUUGUCACAGCCCCUGACCCCAAGCCCACUCAUCUGGCCAGAGCAGGGACAGCACCAUUAUGGUGGGAGGUGUUUGGGUGUUGGGCGGGAUCAGAGAAGGGAGGGUACAUGUGGGAGAAGCACUGGGGCAGCUGAGAGGGAGCCAGAGUGCCUGGUUCACAGGAGGUGAACCUCAGACCCGUAGGCGGCUGAGUCAUCCUCUGCAGAGAGCAGAAAGAACCUCAGGGCAGAUGCUGGCCGGAGAGAUGUUUGUUGGGGACCUCUGUUGUGUGAAGUAGAAGUUCCUUCAUGACCAGAUAGCCCAUGGGCUCGGCAUAAAAUGCAGAGACUCCUUUUAACAAUAGAGUGCUUUUCCUAGCAUCCUCCUGACUCACCCUUUUGAAGUGCCCGCCACAAAUGCCCUAACAUAAAC